UUGUACAAAUAAAUCCUCUUUUCUUCUUUUAAUUUACUUUCAAAUUUCAUUUGAUCUUGUUGGUUUGAAAUAUAUUGUGAUGGAAGAAUGUUUCAGUCAACCAAACAGAAGAACCAAAUAAUUCUGUAUAUUGUUCGAUCCAAUUUACAUAGAAAAUUGACUGAUUUGUGCUUUGAAUUGGAGAAGUCUGGAGAAAAUAUGAGUACAUUAGAUGCUACCAGAGCAGAGCUUGCACUUGCUAUUCUGUUUUUGAACAAAGCUGAGGCCAGGGACAAGAUAUGUAGGGCGAUACAAUAUGGUUCAAAGUACUUGAGCAACGGAGAGCCUGGCACAGCUCAAAAUGUUGACAAAACUACCAGCUUGGCACGAAAAGUUUUUCGGCUUUUUAAGUUUGUCAAUGAUUUGCAUGCUCUUAUUAGUCCAACUCCUCAGGGAACUCCUUUUCCUAUUGUUGCAUUGGGAAAGUCUAAAAAUGCUUUGAUGUCAACUUUUCUGUUUCUGGAUCAAUUUGUCUGGCUUCAGAGAACAGGCAUUUAUAAGAACAAAGAAGGUGCGGAACUUAUUGGCAAAGUAUCUCUUUAUUGUUGGAUGGCCGGCUCAACUUGUACCUCCUUGAUUGAGGUUGCGGAGCUUGGAAGAUUGUCGGCUUCAAUGAAGAAAAUAGAGAAGAAGCUGAACAACACUGAUAAAUAUCAGAAUGAGGAAUAUCUUCUGAAGCUAAAGAAAGCAAAUGAUAGGACAUUGGCUUUGGUAAAGGCAGUUAUGGAUUUAGGGGUUGCUGCUGGUUUACUUCAACUGGCACCUAAUAAACUCACUCCCCGAGUAGUUGGAGGUCUCGGAUUUCUCAGCUCUCUCAUCUCAUGUUAUCAGUUGCUUCCGUCCCCACCAAAGACGAAGACACCAUGAAUCUGUUGACAAGUUUUCCAUGCCUACCAAACUAGUUGGUCUAUGAUUGUAGGAAUAUAAAACAAUAGAUUGCUCUGUCUGCUCUGUAUGAAAGAAAAUAGAUCAAAUAUUUAGUUUUAAAAUUAAGGGUUUAAAUUUGUCAUGUUAAGAUGAUAUUUUCUGUGCAAUUAAGAUGAUAUUUUGUCUUCUUUUAA